CGUACCAGGAAGCUGGACGCGCACACGCUGCACGCGAUUUCCGAGCUCAGGAGACACCGCCUCAACUAUGGCGAUGGUACCAUUCUCAUACAAAUCAACUUUCUUAACUCUUCCUAUAUCAAGGUAUUCCUGUGGAAUAGUUGAAAAGAUUCAGGAGGGACGAAUGGGAAUCUGAGAAAAAGGAUCGCGAUAAGGAAAAUAGCGUUCGUUUCGCAACUGGAGCAAUACACGGAGGAGUUGUGGAUUGGAAGGGGUUGUCGAAGUGUCAAUACUCACCAAGAAACGCGAGUAAGACAUGCGAGAUGAUGCCACGCCUUGAUCAUCAGCAGCAGAUGCUUCAGAAACGGGUAAAAGAGCUGCUGCCUGCGUUGCAGUGGAAAUUUCGAGACGUAAGUGUGCGCACUACGAAGAAGGAGUCACGCGAAAAGAAACAAGCUAUACAUAGUUCCAGGGGGGGCUGCCCCACCCCGAGCAAUGCCUUCUUCAGUGCGUCACGUCGACCAGUGAAUGCAGCGUCAUCGGACAGUACGGAUCUGAUCUCAGCUUGGUGCUUCGAGCCAAACCUCGCAGCAGCCGCCACCAUGGCACCUCGGAGCAUGCGUUCAACUUUAGGGUCAGCAGACCCGAACAUCGUUGCGACGCGGGAUGAGGUAGUGCGUCCGAACGCUGAAGAAACCGCCCCAGCCGAGAGUUUCGCAAAUGCAGCAUGCGUAGCCAUGUGGUAAUGAACUUUAAGGUCGACUUGAU